AGAAUCUGGACUGCAAUGUCGUCACACUAGCUCGCAUUUUCCAGUUUCCAUUUCAUCUUUUUUUUUUCACCAUAAGGAAGAAAACAAAAAGACUCUUCCCGGAUCCGUCACCGGUGCAUUUUGUUGCCGCAUCAGCUUUUCUGGAUUUCGGACCAUUCCUAUCGCAUCUGGUACUCCCACGCAAAAUUUGGCUAUUCGGUAUUUUUUUUAAAUAGAACUUGUGAAGUUCUGAUUCUGACCUCCAAGAAUGGAAGAAGAGAAGAAGAAGAAGAAGAACAAGAACAAGAAAAAGAAGAAUAAGCAGAACAAAAUCACGGAUAAUGUGCCGAGUGGUGCUAGAGAGCCAGAUCAGAACCAUAUAUGUGAAUCACGUGAGGAUACUGCAGAAACUGCGGAGUUGCAGGAUAAUGGUGCAGCAAAAAUCGAUAUGGAUUUAAAUCGAGAUCUUUCUACUAAACCUCCAACUGAGCCAACUUUACUUGAAGGUGAUAAACAGUACUGGAUGGACAGAGAGGUGAAGAAGCCACCUUUCUUCACCAUAACUGGUUCUUGGCUAUCUAAAUCAUGAUUGUCUUCUUAGACACUAGCAUUCUGAACUAUGAGUAAAUUUUAACUUAUGUGUUUUUAAGGCUAUAUUUGAAGAGAAAAUCAAACAACUGGAGAAAGAGAAGGAAAUACACACAGUGAAAGCGGUAAUAUGUUAAUUUCAAUAUUACACGGGGAAUUUUUUUAAUUUUCCUUUUGAAGAUGAUCUUAUUAUUCCAUGUUAAAACACCUCUAGAGUUUACACAAAUACAUGAUUUAUGCUCUG